GAAUCCCGAGGCGCCCAGCGUUCCAUUGUCAUGGUAAUCUCCCGCGCGCCCGUCAAAAGCGGCAACGGCGGCAGGGGGGCGGCCAGAGCCUUGUACGGGGGGGGGCCCGGAGCCAGAGAGGGAGCGGGGCCCCUGCGUAGAGAGAGCUAGCCUGGGAGAGGAAGAGGGGCCCGAACAGAGAACGAGAGGAAGAGUGAGAGCCCGGCCCUCAGAGCGACACCGCUGGGAGCGGGUCCUGGAGAUAGCCGGCACCGAGUCCAGUAGAGAGCGGGGGCCUGUAGCCAACCGGGAAUCAGAGUGAGGAGAGCCUGGGGUUUGAAGCAGGAGGCCGUGGGGAGCGAAGCGCGUCUCCAGCAGCCGGUCCCCUUUUCCCCCGGCGGCUUGAACGCGGCGCAUUGGGGGCCGUGGAGCCGGCGGGACGCUCCCCCGGGCUGGAGCUAUGAGCCAUGCUGAGCUGUCUCCGGCCGCUGCCCCACAGCGGAUGUUCCAGGAGGCGGUGAGACGCGGCAACACCCGGGAGCUGCAGUCGCUGCUGCAGAACAUGGCGGACUGUCCGUUCAAUGUGAACUCGUUCGGGCCUGAGGGCCAGACGGCGCUGCACCAGUCAGUGAUCGCGGGAAACCUGGAGCUCGUCAAACUGCUCGUCAAGUUCGGCGCUGAUAUCCGCCUGGCCAAUCGCGACGGCUGGAGCGCCCUGCACAUCGCCGCGUUCGGCGGCCACCAGGACAUCGUCCUCUACCUCAUCACUAAGGCCAAGUACGGAGCGAGCGGGGCCCGGUGAGGCCGGAGCCGGGGAGCGGAUCCCGGUGAGGCCUGGACCCGGGGCCAUUCCCCACAGGCAAGCCCCGGGGUCGCCCCGCCGCAUCUACCUCACUGGGAUGGCAGCACAACACGGACUGAGGCCGGGGCUGGAGCCGGGCUCGGGGAGAGUGGGACAGGCCCCGGCUGCAGGGCCUCGCUCCCUCUCGCCCGCCCCUCGGAGGCUGGUGUCGGGUGACAGAACAGUUCCCCGGCCUUGGAUGGACACUCGCGGACUCUCGGUGUUUCAUGUCGAUGUCAUUAACGUAACAAUAAAUCUGUGAAAGACA